AAUUACAGUAACUCAACUUUUAAAGCCUUUUUAAUAUAUAAUCCAGUUUCCAAUCUGAUAUCCCUAGCAGCAAAGGAAAUCCAGAAGAUCCCUGAACUUGAACUUGAACUUGGAUUAUGGCAGAAGCUGUGGGGCAGAAGAAAGUGAUAAUUCCAAACAAGCAUGGCAAUAAAUUAGUGGGGAUAUUGCAUGAUUCUGGAACCCCUGAGAUUGUUAUCCUAUGCCAUGGUCUUCAAGCUUCCAAGGAUCACGCUAUCAUGGUGAACCUUGCUGCUGCACUACAGAAUGCUGGAAUCAGUGCUUUCCGAUUUGAUUUUACCGGAAACGGGGAAAGUGAAGGAUCCUUUGAUUUUGCUAACUAUUUGGGAGAAAUUGAAGAUAUACAUUCUGUAAUCCAACAUUUUCGCGAAGAAAACCGUACGGUUAGCGCGAUUAUUGGACACAGCAAAGGAGCUAAUGAAGUGCUUCUUUAUGCUUCCAAGUAUCAUGACAUCAAAACAGUUGUCAACCUCUCAGGGCGAUACGCUAUGAAUGGAGGCCUCGAAGAACGUUUUGGAAAAGACUUCAUGGAAAAAAUCAGUAAGGAAGGUUUUAUUGAGUUGAAGUCGAAGUCAGGAACUGUUGAUUUUCGUUUGACUGAGGAAAGUUUGAAGGAGCGGUUAAACAUAAAUAUGCAUGAACAGUGCCAGAAAAUUGACAAAGACUGUAGGGUAUUAACAGUUCAUGGUUCUGCGGACGAAAUAAUCCCUGUUGGAGAUGCAUUUGAGUUUGCCAAGAUCCUACCUAAUCACAAGUUACAUAUCAUAGAAGGUGCAAAUCAUGUAUACACUGAUAAUCAAGCUGAGUUAGCCUCAGUUGUGGUGAACUUCAUAAAGGAAAACAAGAGUGCUGCUAGUUAGAUCUCUGAUCAAACCUGCCCAUGAUAUAAUAUUGCCAUGUAUACUUGGGAAUCCUACUUCCUAACCGAAUAAGAGGGGAAGCCAAAAAAAGAUUAGAGAAGAGAAAUAUGAAAGCAAGGGUAUCUGUCAAGUUUAUUUGCCUUUAAUGUAUCAACUAUCAAGUCAAUGUACAAGUAUGUUGAGACUCCUAGUACUAUGCCAUGUAGACAUUUAUCAUAUGAUAUUAAAUAAGGUUGGGGCAUCCUAGUGUCCUGUUUGAUUUGGAACACAAGCUGUGUUUAGUUCAUGAUA